AGAGAGAGAGAGAGAGAGAGAGAGAUGAUACAGUGAAGUGGUGGUGGAACAGCCAUGGUUGUUCGUCGGAGAGCUUCAUGGAGGACGCCCAUGUGCUUGGCUUCCAAUGUCAACACAGAGGAGCUACGUGCCCAGCUCGGUCAGCUCCACUCUGAGGCUGAGAUCGCCAGAGCCAAAGCAAACAAUGCAAGAUUGAGGCUUUUGCGGCUGUCAGAGGCAGCCGAGAAGCUGAAACGGCAAGCAGCAAUUAAUGUCCAAACUGGGAAGGAAGACGAUGCAAGGGAGCUGGUCUUGCAGAAGAAAAAGAUCAUGGAAGCAUUGGAGAAGUCAAAUCACCGCAUAGAGUUGCUCGAUGAGCUUUCCACAAAGCUUAAUGAGAUGUGGUUACGGAUUGUCUGCAAAAUUGUAGUCAAAACUUAAUCAUGACUGCAUAAGAGAAGAUAUUAUACGCUAUCUUAGCUCAGUCGAGCCUUUAGAAAGGAGGUCAGGGUAAGGCUCAGUUGGUAGCCACCCAUCUUUGAAAUGGAGGUCCCAAAUUCAUAACCUCCUUCCUCGUAAUGUUACAACUGGAAAAAUAGCAACCACUACGAUAAUAUGAUCAGAAGAAGACAAAUUUGGUUUCAGGCGAUUUCUUUGAAAGAAAGGCAGCUAAUCGGGAAUGUUUCUUUGGAUCUUGGACUUGUCAGAGAAGAUGCUUUUAGUCCUGUUCGAAUUGUUUCACCAACAACGGAAGUUGCAGAAGAUUUGAAGGAGAGCAAAGAAUUUGUCCCAAAUGAUCUCAAUAAAGAAAUGCCGCUUCCUAAAGACAACCAAGAAGGCUCACCUGUUGAGCCAGAAGGGGAGGACCUUCGAGAACGUUUAAAUAAGGGAGCUUGGAAUGAAGAUGAGACAAUUAGUAGCUUGAAGGGAAUAACCUCUUUCGAGAGUUUCUUAGAACAUCUGGAUUACCAACUUAACAAAAUUGAAGCUGAACUUAUCACUAUUUUGAGAAUCUCAACCUUGGUUGUGGACAGCCAGGAGAAAUCAAAAAAAUUUAAGGUGCAAAAAACGAUGGAACUUCUUGAUAGUGUCUCUGGCGUUAGACAGAGGUAUGCACAUUAGUGAACUCAAAGGUUGGUGUAGUUUUUCGAUUGUCCCCCUUACAAGACUUAACAAUCAUAUCUCUAUCUGAAUAUGCUCAUUGAUAACUUCAAGUAUCAAGAUGGCAAAUGUGGAGAUCAGAUAAAGCUUCGGUUGUUGUAUUCAAUCUCUAAAUGUGUUAACAGCAAACGUCCCCAUACGAUGCAAAGAGACAGGCGAGAUUUAAAGUUUUGGCUGUAGCUUGUACCUGUUCAAUCUAGGAAUGUAUCUUCGCUUUGGUGUGAAAAGAUCAAUGUAUUAAAAGCGUCAGGCGUGGGCGAGGCGUCCAAGGUGAAGCCCGGCCUAGGCGGGAGGCGUGAGGCGAAGCCUCAUGG